AUGUCUGCCCAUGGCACGGACUCCCAUGAUAUCGAGGCAGUCAUGGACUCGCCAUCCGCCAAUGGUUCCGACACUUUAAAAAAUGGCCAGCCUGCGCGCCUUUCUCGGUCGCCUUUACCUCGUCAAAGCGCGACUGCAACUCCUGAUCUGAAACCGAAGAUGGAGGACACAGAAAAAAAAGUCGGCGGCGACGUCGUCGUUAAGCAGGAGCCUGGGCAGCCGCCCAGACUGUCGAGGAGUGCUUCACAGAAGGUCGUGCCGAGGGCGCCGCGGUUGUUUUCGCAUUUGCCUGAUAGUACUCAGGAGGCGCUGAGGGGGUUCGAGAAGAUCGAACAGUGCUCAUAUGCGAAUAAAUAUAUGGGCUUUACGGAACAUGCAAUGGAGUGUGAUUGUGCUGAGGAGUGGGAUUCCGAGAUCGGCCAGAACCUAGCGUGUGGUGAAGACUCCGACUGCAUCAAUCGAGCAACCAAAAUCGAGUGCGUGGGUGACUGCGGCUGUGGCCCCGACUGCCAAAACCAACGAUUCCAAAAGAAACAAUAUGCGAAGGUAUCGGUUAUCGACACUGGAGACAAGGGCUAUGGAUUACGAGCCGAGACAAAUUUGGAGGCUCAUCAAUUAAUCUACGAAUAUGUUGGAGAGGUGGUGGGCGAGUCCCAAUUUCAACGGCGAAGGAGAGAUUAUGACGCCCAAGGAAUCCGUCAUUUCUAUUUCAUGUCGCUCAACAAGGGAGAGUUUGUGGACGCGACCAAACGGGGAAACUUGGGCCGGUUCUGUAAUCACUCGUGCAACCCGAACUGUUAUGUGGACAAAUGGGUUGUGGGCGAGAAGAUGCGGAUGGGAAUCUUCGCCGAACGGGCUGUACAGGCUGGCGAGGAGCUGGUUUUCAACUACAACGUUGAUCGAUACGGUGCCGACCCGCAGCCUUGCUAUUGUGGUGAACAGAACUGCACUGGAUUUAUCGGUGGUCGGACUCAGACAGAACGGGCUACGAAACUCUCGAACGUUACGAUCGAAGCCCUUGGUAUCGACGAUGCCGAUGCUUGGGAUACCGUGGUGGCACGCCGUCCUAAGAAGAAGAAGACUGAGGAAGACGAUGAGGAGUACGUGGACAGUGUGCAGCCCAAGUCUCUGGAUGAGGACGGCGUGACCAAGGUCAUGGCCGCUCUUAUGCAAUGUCAAGAGAAAUGGAUUGCUGUCAAGCUGCUCGGCCGUAUUCAGCGCUGUGAUGAUGAGAGAGUACGGAAUCGAGUCGUGAAAAUGCACGGUUACCAGAUUCUCAACUCCCAGCUUGCCAUGUGGAAGGAGGACAAUGUUGUGUUGAUGCAGAUCUUGGAUAUCCUGGAUAAGUUCCCUCGACUUACCCGGAACAAGAUCGUCGACUCAAAGAUUGAAGAUACCAUCCGACCUUUUACCACAUGCGAGGAUGAGCGUGUUGCAACCAAAGCCACUACGCUUUUGGCUAGCUGGGCCAACCUAGAGGUUGGCUAUCGUAUCCCACGCAUGAAGCGAGGCGAGCAACCAAAGCAAGCUGUGAACCAAUUCGAGCGUCGUGAAUCUGGCCGAGAGCAGCAGCGUCAACGCUCCGCGUCUCCCCCUCAUACAGCACCACAUGAGCCACAACACAUGCAGAACCUUGCAAAGGGUCGGCGGGGAGGAGAGCCCCAUCUUCAGCGGGAUCUUCAUCACAAUCGUCCUCGACCUGGUGGUCGUCGCAAUAUCCGACCACCACAGUCGCAGCCUCUACCCGAGGGAUGGUAUACUGCCAAGGAUGAAACUGGUCGUGUUUACUACUAUUCUGCCUCGAAAGAGGUGACAUGGAAUCGACCAAUUGCCCCGGCUGUCUCUGCUCAGCCUUCUGUGAACAAGACCAAUAAUACGCUUUUGCAAAACAUCAUUGAUGGAAUCAUGUCCCAAGACAAGACUCCUUCAGAUCAAAAAAGCGACACCCCCAGGACACCACAGCAACCUUCAGAUCAACCGGAGAAGAAGAAAGAGGGAGACUGGUGGAAGAAGCUUAAUGAGCAGAAGCAAAGAAAGCUGUACGAGAACACUCUUCACCCUCACAUCAAGUUCGUCAUGGAUCAAUAUAAAAACAAGAUCCCGAAGGAAGAUCUCAAGCGAUUUGCCAAAGAUACUGCUAGGAGACUUGUCGACGGCGAUUACAAACGUGGCCGGGUAACAGAUCCAACCAAGAUUAGCGAAAAGCACACCCACACCGUGAGAAAGUUCUGCAAAGAGUUCUUCGACAAGGCCGCGAAGAAACACAAGGACCGCGAGGCAGCCAAAGCCAAGAAGAGCGGUACCGUCAAGCCAGAUACAGGCGACAACGAUGGCGAUGUGAGAAUGUCCGAUGAUGAAGCCGAGCCUUCUGCCGGGACAGGCACAGCGACUUCACCAAUGGAUGAUGAUGCAUAUGCCUCGCUUAAGCGCAAGCGUGAUGGUUCCUUGGACCAGGACCAGGCCCAACCUACCCCCGACGAAGGAGGCAGUUCCCCUUCUAAACGACAGAAAUCUACACCUCCACCCCCUCCACCUCCACCACCGAUUACAGAUGAUAUCAAGGCGGAAGAUAAAGGGGUUGAGGAAUCUAUUACACCACCAUCGGUUCCGCCUCCUCCUCAGGAAUCCCCUAAGGGAAACCUUGAUGGAUCUGAAUCUGGGUAUAAAGGCCCAGACGUGGAAAUAAAAGAUAUACCCUCGCAUACCCAUGUAGAGGGGAAGGUAUGA